UGAGCGGCCUCCACGCGAGCCACGUCGUCCUCUCCCUUCAGUUCCGUCUAUCAGUCGUUGAUUCCAGUCAGUCGUUAGUCUUCCGAUUGCUUCUGAUUCCCGAGCGUUGUACUUCAGAAGGACAAUUUUCGCCAGCGGAGGGUUCGACAAGCUCUCGAAAUGCUGUUCAGAAGUUUAAUCCUGCUGUCUCUGGCUCUCGGCGCUUUCGCCGCCGAAGAGGACGUCCUGGAAUUGACGGACGACGAUUUCUCCCACGAGUUGGAACGCCAUGAGAAUUCACUCGUCAUGUUCUACGCGCCUUGGUGCGGACAUUGCAAACGCCUCAAGCCCGAAUAUGCCAAAGCGGCGGAACUUCUCAAAGGUAAUGAUCCGCCGAUCACUUUGGCCAAGGUUGACUGCACAGAGGCGGGUAAAACCACCUGCAACAAAUACUCGGUCAGCGGAUAUCCGACGCUGAAGGUAUUUUCCAAAAAUGAAAUGGUCGGCGAUUACAACGGCCCAAGAGAAGCUCCUGGUAUCGCAAAGCACAUGAAGGCUCAAGUUGGACCUGCCUCCAAGGAAUUGACUGGCGAAGACUGCCAGAAAGGCUUCUUGGAUUCUGACGAGGUUGGAGUGAUCGGUUACUUUGAGAAGGACGAUUCACCCUUGUCAGCCGCCUUCCAUACUGUUGCUAAGAAACUGAGGGAGAAGGUCAGAUUCGCGCAUACAAGUGCCGACGCACUACUUGAAAAGGAAGGAUUGAAAAAUAACAUUGUCCUCUACCGUCCAAAAAUUUUGCACAGCAAAUUUGAGCCAAGCAGCGUGACCUACGAAGGUGGCGAUUCAAUUGCCGACGUGAAUGACUUUAUCACCAAGAACUACUUUGGCAUUGUUGGCGUGAGAACACGAGACAACGCAGCAGACUUCAAGAACCCGUUGGUAGUUGCGUACUACAACGUCGACUAUGUGAAGAACGUAAAGGGAACAAACUACUGGCGUAACAGGAUACUGAAGGUUGCAAAGGAUUUCCCAAGUCUAAACUUUGCGAUUUCAUCGAAGGACGAUUUCCAACACGAGCUCAAUGACUAUGGAAUCAGUUUCACCAAGGGUGACAAGCCGACCGUAUUGGCGCGCGAUGCAAAGAACCAGAAAUUCGUAAUGACUGACGAAUUCUCUGUCGAAAACUUUGAGGCUUUCUUGAAGGACUUCGAAGGCGGAGUUCUCGAGCCUUAUCUAAAGUCCGAGCCAAUCCCCGAGGACAAUAGCGGAAACGUAAAGAUUGCGGUAGCCAAAAACUUCGACGAGAUUGUAACCAACAAUGACAAGGAUACGCUAAUUGAGUUCUACGCACCCUGGUGCGGCCACUGCAAGAAACUCGCUCCAAUUUACGACGAAUUGGGAGACAAGUUGGCCAAUGAGGAUGUUGAAAUUGUGAAAUUCGAUGCAUCAAAUAACGAUGUGCCCGCGCCAUACGAGGUGAAAGGUUUCCCAACGCUCUUCUGGGCACCCAAGAACUCUAAAGACGAUCCCAUCAAAUACGAGGGUGGCAGGGAUCUCGAUGACUUCAUUAAAUACAUUGCUAAACAUGCGACUAACGAGCUCCAAGGAUACGACCGGAAAGGAAAGGCCAAGAAGGCUCCGGCUGACGAACUUUAAGUUCGAUUAUCACCCUACUAACGAUGUUCCAGGCGUAUCUAAGUCCGUGCGAGAUAAAGGGUAUGAAUCGUAAAUAGUAAAGUAUGACAAGGUGGUGUUCUAUCAACAGUCUUAUUUUGGGAGAGUGAUAACGAUAUAAUGUCAUCCUUUGAAAUAUAAACAUUA